AUGCACGCCGCGGUCCCCCAUCCGCGGAAACAGACCUCGCGUUCCUCACAUCCUGCGGCCAAGACGAUCAUGUUCCGUGCCUACCAGCCCGGAGAGCCGAAGAGCCGCCGACAUACAACUAAGAGGGAAAAACGGCGACUGGAAGCCGUGUAUGACCAGAACCCGACGCCACACUCGACGAUCCUCACAACGCUAGCGAAGGAGUUGAAUAUGGAGAUACACACAGUAAGGAUUUGGUUUCAAAAUAGGCGUGCGAAGACAAAAAGGCAGCAACGGUUGAUGGAAUCCAAGUGCUGUACGCCCGUGCCCAGCCCGCAAGACACUGACAAUCCCUCAUAUCCCGGGACUCCCGACGGCAAAUUAUUCUGGGACUCAGAUACACUCGAGCAGCCCAACUCAAUCUCACCUGCAUAUUUAACCUACUCCUCUGAGCAGCAGCCUUCCACAACAUGUACGUCUUCACCUGUGGACUCGCCGUCCAACCCAAUUCCUGGUCCGUCUCGCAUGUCCACCUCAGCAUAUCCUCUCACGAGCCCCCCGAGGCACUCAACCCCCAUGCACAUCUCAUACAGCGAGGCGCACCGCCGGCCGUCCCUCCCUAACUUCCACAGCAGUGUUCCUGUCAGUGAUUACUACGCAUCCCCUCCCCGCUCGACUGACGCUGCGUCCACCUCAUACUCGCAUUAUUCCCGUUCGACAUACGGAUAUGACCACGGCAACAUGCACAGCUUCGCUUGCACUGAGCUCCGCACGUUUAACCAGGCCCGCCGACUCUCAGCGGAUCUGCAUAUGUUCACACACAUGGAACGGCGCUCCGGGUCUCCGAACGCAGAGAUGGUUAUGCGACGCAACACGGAGCUAGACGGCGACGACGGGGUGCAGUUCGCGCGGCACUGUUCAUUCGACGAUGGUGGUGUGACCGAGCCCCCGUAUACGCUGUCGAUACGCGAGGUCUAUGCUCCUCCCCCCGGUCCUCUCCCUGCACCUGAUUUCUCUUUUGGCGCACCUUACGCGGGAGAGCAGCCGCCACUACCUGCAUUCGCUCCACAGCCACUCAUCUUACCGUACGCCCUGGAGUCGGGCAAGGAUGAGUCGCAUGAGGAGUACGAGUACUAUGCAUAUAAGUACGGUGUACGGCACCCUCCUGCAGCGGGAUAUCCGUAUGACUUUGCGCAUCCGAGCGGGUCGACUGCCCGCUUUGGCAGUAUUGCGAGUGUGGCCGAGAGUGAGUCGAGCUUAUCGUCUGCUUUCUAUUCGAGUGGCGCGGGGAGCCGCAAGGGCAGUGCAAGCAUUGCUAGGAAUGAGAGCGGGCGGAAGGCCGAUGUUGCGUCAACCCAUGUCGUGGAGCGCUUCGCUGACCUUGCCAUUAACACCUCCCACGCCCAUAAUGCCCAGCCUAACUCUUCCGUAUCGACUAUCGCUGGAGGCAGUCAGCUUCAUCUGAUCGAACCCUCUCCAACCGGUUCAGACAGUGCUCUGCUGCAGCGGCACAGCAGUUCACUCGCACACGCACUCCAUUCUCCGGAAGAACACACCGGGCACGAACGGUGCUCCGUGCGCGACGUGCCCAUGUCUUUCCCGCAGCAGUAUACGUUUCCUCAUGUGGUUGGGAAGCCCAACUCACCGUACGGUGCGUACGACAUCCCGCCCAAUGCUGAUGUCUCCGCUGCCACCCCAAAGCUCGCGUAUGCUGCGUACGACACUGAUCACCAAAGUGAAUACGACGUCCAGGCCCCGCAAGAACACAAUCAUCCAUCGCAAUCACAUUCGUUCCUUCAAGGUAAUCUCUACAGCCUUUAUGGGUACCGCUUUGGUGUAGGCACCGUCGAUGAGCCCAGCAUGUACGAUAGCCCGGAUGAGGGUCAGGAUGGUGCGCCCUCGUUCUGUGAGACACGCGCGAUCGAUCCAGGUCGUAUGUGUAUCCCGCCGAAUGCGACGUUUGACGCGGUUCAAUUCGUACACGAGGGUAAAAUGUUAUAUCCAUAA